AUGCCAGAAAAAAAUUACGCAAAUAACAACAAUUACACUAAUAAAAACAUUCACAGUGAUACUAAACACGAUGAUUUAAUAAUCAGUAGUAGCGGAAGAAGUAAAGGCAAUUAUAAUAACGAUUACAACAACACAGAAUUCGAUGAUUUCAGAUCAAUGCAUCAAAUACUUAUGGUUUCAUUGUAUUUAUUGAUAAUUCUGCUUAUAUCAUCAGCAAUUAUGUAUGAUGUUGAGCAUGGAGAAUUCCUCGACCCAGCCACUUUGAAAUGGUACCGUUACAAUGGAACUGGUAUGGAAAUAAGUCCAUUCCAAUCAAUCAUAGAUACCUUAUGGUGGUCGAUAACCACAUUGACCACAACCGGCUACGGUGAUGCAGUACCUGUCACGGCAUCAGGCAAAUUUGUAGCUGGAGUAACUAUGAUCUGUGGUAUAAUGGUGAUAGCGUUACUAACAUCUAUCAUUGGAUCAAAUUUCGUAUCAGAAUGGGCCCUUCAUAAACAAACCCAACACCAACUUCGACUACGAAAAAAAACCGCCGCUGCUCAAAAUGAAUAUCAAGUUAGUAAAACAAAAAGGAUACGUAUUUUACGUAGUCAAAAUGAAAUAAUGCUAGAAACAAUAUCAGAAAUUCAAGAUAAAUUAUCCGAUUUAAAUCCACCGUUAUACUACAAGAAAUAUAAAAACAUUCGUGCCAAAUAUAUUGAGGCAACGAAAAGAAUAUCAGAACUGGAAGCUAAAUUAGAAAAAUGUAGCCAAACCAUUCGUAAUUUUGAAUCGCCUGAUGACUAUCAGAUUCAUUCAAUAGAGAAUAAUAAUAACAAUGAUACUGCUGGUGAUGGUUUUGAUAGUAAUGUAUUUGAUUAUAAUGAUCUUAUUAAUAGUAAUGAUUCUAGCGUAACCUACCAUGAAAAUUUAAUGGAAAAAGGUUCAGAUCAGAAUAAACAUUCAAAUGAAGAAGAUGAUUCAAAACAAAUUGAAAUAAUAGUUAAUGAUCCAAUAAUAAAGAGAGAGAAGUGA